AUGUCUUGCCCUUGUGGAGAAAAUUGUGCUUGUGGAAUGAGCUGCUCAUGCGCAUGCGGUGGUUCACCCGUUAAUAAUAAUACCAAUACUGAACCAUGCGGAAAUGGAACUUGCACUUGUGGAGAAGGUUGCGCAUGCUCAACUAGCGACUGUAUUUGCGGAAACUAA